GUCGAUCUCAGAUCAACAUCCCUACGACGUAAUCAAAGCUUGUUUUUUCGAACAAUAAAUGAAAUGCGCGAUAGUGCUACAUAUUUACUUUUUCUGUUUCAUAAUAAAAUAAAAAAUAUAUUCAAUCAGUUGAAAUAUGCGCAGUGCUUAUUACAAUGGCUGGAUUAAAUAUUGCUGAAUGGACUGCGGACCAAGUAGCUGAAUGGAUGUCCGGGCUGGACGCAUCUGUUGCCCAGUAUGUCCCACAAAUGCGAGCCAAAGGCUUAAAUGGUACUAGAUUAUUGAUGUUGAGAUGUGAUGACUUAGAGUACUUGGGCAUGCAUAUCAUCGGACACCAAGAGCUCUUGCUAGAAGCUGUGGAACAUCUUAGGAACUUUCAAUACGAGCUGCUUCGCGAGUGCGUGCAGCAACUGGCAGUGCGCGUGUCGGUGCUGGGCGGCGCGCUGGCGCGGGCACUCCGUCAGCACUCUGAGGCGCGCCUCGACACGCAGACCCUCGCCGACGUGGCGCGCACCGUGCAGGCCGUCAAGCCGCUCGUCUGCUGGCUCGACCGCUGGGGCGUCGGCGCCGGCCUCGCGGAGAGCCGAGCCGCGCUGCUGAAGCUCGCGCUGGAGGCCGCCACCUGUGCGCAGCGGGACCGGUUCGCCGAGCAGCCCGUCCGCACCGUGGGAGCGGCCGCCGCCGCCGCCGCCGCCACCGCCGACUACAUCGUGCGCGAGGCGGCCGAGCCCGUCGUGCUGCAGCCCGCCGCGCUCGAGACCGUCGUGCUGCGCCAGGAGGGCCGGCCGCUCGGGUUCGCCGUGGUGCCGUCCUACUGCGGACACAACCAGCUCGCGCACAUCAAGUUCGGGUCUCCGGCGCACGCGUCCGGCGCCGUGCACGCGGGGGACGAGCUCGUGCAGGUCGGGGCGCGCUGCGUGCUGGGCUGGAGCGCGCCCGCCGUGCUGCUGCAGUGCGAGCGGGAGGCGCGCCAGCACGACCUCGCGCUCCGGCUGCGGCGCCGCACCGCGCGCACCCCCGCCGCGCACCUGCAGCCGCGCCGCGCCCGCCUGCACAUGCACGCGCAUCUCGAACGUACGUUGCUGGAGAGCCCCCGCGGUUCGAUUUUGGCGGCGGUCAACGGUGAGCCGGAGCCCCGGGCGCCGAGCGCGGAGGCCGCGGUCCCCGGGGCUGCUGCGGCAGACGCGAAGGGCGCGGAGGCGGCGGCGGGCGAGUCGUCGGACGAGAGCGAGCCGCUGUCCCCGCCGGCGUCCCCCACCCAGCUGCACCCCGACCGCGCGAGGAUGUACCCGCCGAAGCCGCGCGCGCGGGCCCAGCGCCGCCACACCGUCAGCGGCGGCAGCCCCGCGGCGGGCCGGCCCCCGCACUCGCUGGAGCAGUUCUUGCAGGAGCUGAGGGCGCAGCAGAGGUCCCGCGGCGGCGCGCGCCCCGGGGCGGACGACGAGCCUGCGCCCUACGCCCGGGACAAGGCCGUGUCGUGCAGCACGGGGCUGGAGCUGUCCCCCCGCCCGCGCACCUGCCUCGGCGUGCUGAGUCCGCCCCCCGCCCCCCCGGCACCCGCCCCCGCCCCCGCCCCGCACGACGACCGCGCCCGUCUCGACAAGAGCCACUCGACCCCGGCAUACGACUUCGGCGCGGAGCCGGCCGGGGACUCCGCCGGGGAGCCGCCGCCCUCGCUCGCCACGCAGGUGAUCCCGGAGUCUCCGACUGACACGCUGCACGCGGAGAAGGCGGGACAGAUUCUCGACUUCAAGAAGUCCAGCUCGCAGAUCGGCGAGGCCAUCUUGCACCAGCAGCACCGGCGCGCCGCCGACGACACGGAGCACAAGCUCAGCCACAAGAGGCCGGACCCGGCGGAGGGCGCUUCGCCGCCGCCAGCGGGGGGAGGGCCGGGCGCGAGGGACGCAACAACAACUGAGAAAAUUUUAGAAACGUUAAACAUCGCCAUGAUGGAGCACCGGCGCCGGUCGGUGCUGGACGGCCGCGCCAUCGAGAGCGCCAGGGUCACCAAGCUGUGCACGGGAGAGCGCGGGAACCUCGACGACCACUACGAGGAGAAAGGUUCUCUACCGGCCAGAUACGGCUACAUGCGCAGCACUAGAGCUCCGUCCCCCUCGCCGCGCUCGCGCCCCCCUGCCGCCCCCGCCGGCCCCCCCGCCGCGCCCCCCCCGCUGCUCGUCGCCGAGGCCGGCUCGUUCCCCGUGCUGCGCGCGGUGCCCCGCCGCCCGGACCGCAGCGAGCCCACCUCGCCGCUCAAGCCGAUGCGGACCAUCGACGCCGGACAGAUUUCAGUUCCGCUCCGGCACAUCACGAAGCACGAUAUCAAAAUGAUCCCGAACGAGGUGAUGCACGAGCUGCCGGCCAUCAACAGCGAGGCGGACCCCCCGGGCGCCCCCGCGACUCCGCGACCCGUCGACGAUCACCACUCCUCACGGCCUCUCGCACUGUCGCCCACUAGUGCCGUGCGAGGCAUGUUCCCCUCGUCCAAAUCCAGGAGUCUGAAAAAGAAGAGCUCCAUACUGGCCAAGCGCCGGCAGGUGGCGGCGCGGUGGGUGGGCGCGCGCGGCGCGGGCGGCGCGGUGUGGCAGCGCGUGCGGGCGGGGGGCGCGGCGCCGCGCUGGGUGGCGCGCACGCUGCUGCUGGCGCACAACCUGCUGUACGCCUACCGCUCGCCGGAGUGCUCGAAGGCGGACUGCAUGAUCUACCUGGAGGGGUUCACGGUGUGCGCGGCGGGCGAGGUGAAGUCCCGCGCGCACGCCUUCAAGGUGUACCACACCGGCACCGCCUUCUACUUCGCCUGCGAGUCGCGGGACGACAUGCUGGCCUGGAUCCAGCUCAUACACCGCGCCACGAUGCUGCCCUCCCUGGGCCACCAGCUGGACGUGUCCAAGCAGUUCUCGGAGACGGACUACUCUGAGACCGAGUCCGACAGCGAGAGCCCCGACAAACGGAGCGAGAAGGAGAAGGAAAAAGAUAAAGAAAAGGACAAAGAUAAGGAAAAAGAGAAAGACAAAGAUAAGUCCAAGUUCGGUUCCUUAAAGAAACUAACCCACAUGAUGCAGCGCAGCGAGUCGCAGGAGAUCGUCAGCCACUCCUCCACCAGCCUCGACAGGAAGUACCUGAGGUUCUUCCUCAGGAACAAGAGCAAGGACGAGACCAAACCAGCCAAGAGCAAGCCGGCCCCCCCGGAGCAGGCGCGUGGCCCCCCGGAGCAGGCGCGCGGCCCCCCGGAGCACGCGCGCGGCCCCCCGGAGCAGGCGCGCAGCCCCGCCCGCGCCCCCCCGGAGCCGCUCGCCAACAAGAUACCGAAGCCGAUCAACUACAUCCACGCUUCCAACCCGAACCUGCUCGAUUUUGAGAAGAGCGACUUUGUGACGCGCCCCACGCUGCGGGUCCCGCGCCCCGAGCCCAAGCUGGACAAGGGCCCGGGCGCGGUGACGCUGGAGCAGUUCAUGCUGGAGAAGCAGGCGGAGGAGCGGCGCCAGCUGUACUCCGAGCGCGUGCUGCUGGGCGUGCGCCGCGACCUGCAGACCAGGCUCGACAGCAUCGUUCCAGAUGUAAUCUACGGGGAAGUGCGAACGGGAAGCAACUCUGCAGUGCAGGGGCGCGCUCUGCCCUCCGCGCCGCCCUCCGCGCCCUCCGCGCCCACCACCGCACCCUCCGCCCACAGCAGCACCACCCCCAAGCCUGUCUCCGUCAGAGGGAGGGACGGAUACGAGAGGCUGGUGUACCGCGCGGAGGAGAAGCCUGCCUGGGGAAGGAAUCACAAGGUGCACAGCGCGCUGCCCGCCGCGCCGCAGUCGCCGCGCGCUCGCACCACCGACAGCUGGGCCGGCGCCGAGGGCGGCGUGUCGCGGCUCCGACUUGUCUUCGGCGCGCACCAGAGCGGACCCCGGGCGGAGUACCCGCACCUGGUGUGUCCCCCCACGUUCCGCGCGGAGACCUACUCGCUGCAGCACGCGCCCGCGCCCGACUCAUAGACCCGCGCCCCCCGACCCUCCCGACCCCGCGACCCCCCCGACCCCCCGGGACAGUGUCGGGGGACACUGUCGACGUGUCUCCACGCACACACACAAUACACACACAAUACACACACAACACACACACACAACAAUAAACCAAAGAUUUUUUAACCUCGGUAAUAAAAUUUAGUGUGAAAGAAGAGAAAGUAACACAGGUAGUGUGUUGCGGUGGGCAGCAGCCGGCGGCCGGCGCUCCGACACUUUGCUGUUUUUUAAAGUUCGUAGCGUUAAUCUUUUUAUGAAGUACAAGAAUAGAAGCUCAAUUGUAGAGUCUUUAUAUUAUUAUGUUAUCAGGUAUUUAAUUCAGUACAAGCUUCAUGCGGCCGAUGCUUGGUACAAUCAUUUCACAUCACCACGUUUUGACUACGAUGUCCCCCGCACGCGACCCCCCCGCAUGCGCCCCCUCGCCCCCCGUGGGGGGACAGGUGCGGGGGACGGGUCUCGGGGUCGAUUGUAACGAACAUAGUUUGCUUGAAUAUUGAUAUUACAUUGACAAGAUAUCUAAAGAUAUUGAUUGUGGAGCAUCAUACGAAACGAUAUUAAACCUUUACAGUAAGUAUUUUCUUGUUCAAUUACUUCAAAUCAAAAUACAUAAACGAGUACUACAUUUUAUUUCGUGUUUACGCUGUCUGUGUGCUCAGUUACUUUAAUUGUUGUUAUAAGAUUUAAACUCUUUUUGCAUUUUCAUUUUUGAUUUAAAUUAAUACAUAACAUUUUUAAUUUUAAUUCAAAUGUGCACACACGAACUGCCACAGACAGAGGGGGUGCCCCGGGGGAGGAGAAUGUUAGUCAGAUUAAAUAAGUUCCUUUUCAUGUAAUUAUUGAUUUGUAAAAAUUAAAUUUACAUCUGUUUUAUUAGCUUCUUAUUUAUUAUGAUUAUUUUGUAUGGGUAAGCACGCGCCCCCCCGCACCGGCCGCGCUGUUGUUACUUCAGAUGUGUGAACACGAUGUAAUGAAUACCUUUCGAUUUUUAUAAUAAACGAAUUUGACUACUUAACGUUCUUAUAAAUCGCAUACUUAAAUAUUUUAUAUAUACAUUAUGUAAGCAUAUAAAAAUGUUAAUAAAUAAAGUUUUACUCAUAAUAAA